GUUAAACUUUGUGGGGCCAGUUGAGGUUUUCCAGAAGUAUAAGAGUAAACCAGAUGUAAAAAAUAGAAAGAGUAGGAGAAGAUGCAGAAAAGGGAGAAGCAUUUUGUGCUAGUUCAUGGAGCUUGUCAUGGUGCAUGGUGCUGGUACAAGGUGUCAACUCUGCUGAAAUCAGCAGGUCAUAAAGUUACAAUGCUGGACAUGGCUGCGUCUGGCAAACACCCAAAGCAGGUUCAUGAGCUUCGAUCACUUUUGGAUUACUUGGAGCCACUGGUUGAAUUCAUGGCUUCUCUCCCACCAGAAGAGAGGGUAAUUCUGGUGGGUCACAGCAUAGGUGGUCUUAGCAUAUCUGAUGCCAUGGAAAGGUUCCCUGAGAAAGUAUCUGUUGCAGUUUUCUGUGCUGCUUUUAUGCCCAACCCUGAUCUCAGUUUAACAACUUUAGUUGAAGAGUACAAUCGAAGAAUGGAUUCAUAUAUGGAUUCAACAUACACAUUUGAAGAUGGGCCCAACAACGAGCCUACCUCCGUACUCUUUGGGCCUAACUUCAUGGCAUCCAAGUUGUACCAGCUCUCCCCACCUGAGGAUUUAACACUGGCAGUGUUGUUAGCGAGACCUCACCCGAUGUUCAAAGAUGUAGCACUUCCGAAUGAAGUAGUAGCAGUGAGCAAAGAGAGAUACGGAUCAAUUGAUAGAGUUUACAUUGUGUGUGACCAAGACAAUAUAAUGAAAGAAGAUCUGCAGAGGUGGAUAAUAGAAAAGUAUCCAACUGAUGAGGAGAUGGUGAUCUCUGGUUCUGAUCAUAUGCCUAUGGUUUCCAAACCCAAGGAGCUGUUCACUUGCCUCCAAGAGAUUGCAGAUAAAUUUACCUAAAUUUGUUCUUCAUAUAGCUGAAACUUGUUCUGCUUUUGCAAAUGACCAGAGUCAUGUUGGCAAAUGUUGAAAAUCAGAUACAUUAUAUGAUUUCUUCCUAAUUGGUUAAAUGGUUGGUUUAUUUGACAUAUUUGGUC